GCUGGAGGAGUGUCACUUUGUCACACUGUAUAAAAGAAGCGCGCGGACAGCUCAGCUGUGUGCGCAACAACAACAACAACAACAACAACACACUAACGAACAGGCUCGUGCUGACUUGUCACCUGAAUAGAAAUGGGCUCCACGAGGGAAAAGAUGUUUGAGAAGGAAAACCGGGAGCGGAUCCGCGCCGUGGAGAAAUCUUUCGGGCGGUCGGGGAAGCCGCUGUACGAACCGGGUCGCCUUCUGUUUGGAGCGGGUCAGCUGAUGAAGAUGAGCCGCAAGGGGGCACAGCCCAAAAUGUUCUUCCUGUUCAACGACGUGCUGGUGUACGGCACCAUCAUCGUGAACGGCCGCUGGUACAAGAAGCAGAAGAUCAUCCCCCUGGAGGACUGUCAGCUUGAGGACCUGGAGGACGGAUUAUCAAUGAGAAACCAGUGGCUGAUCCGUACGCCGCGCAAGUCCUUCUACGUGGCAGCCGACUCCCGGAGGGAGAAGCAGGACUGGAUCCAGCACAUCGAGGACUGCCGGUCCGUUCUGGUGCAGAAAGGGGGGUGCCGGACCGGCUCCGACUUCGCCAACACCUUGAUCCCCGCCUACGCCUCGGCGGUCUGCAUGCGCUGCUUCGGCAGCUUCUCCGUGACGCAGCGUCGACACCACUGCAGGAAAUGCGGCUUCGUGGUCUGCGCCGCGUGCUCCAAGACCAGAGCGGUGAUCCAACACAUCCACCCGACUAAGGGCUUGAGGGUCUGCACCAGGUGUCACUCAAGCUCCUCGACCAGGACGACGCUGGAGGCCCAGCAGGUGUGUGACUGGAACGAGCGCCACACAGAGAAUAAAAGCUCAGAUGGAGAGGAGGGAUUGAGUGAGGAGGAGGAGGCCGAAGAGCAGAUUGAGGACCAUGACUCCGGCAAGUGGAACCCCGACAACUCCCAGAUGGAGGCCUGGGCUAUCUACGUCAACUUCCAACCGCACAACAUGCAGCGCUAAGCGUAAGUAGGGGGAGAAGAACAGCCUGGUGUGGCCUUAUUAACAUGGACAGGAUGGAUUGUGGAGUGGAAAGGCGUUCUCACUCUGUCAUUAUCAAAAAUCAUCCAUAAAGUUAAUAAAUAUGUUUAUACUGUACUUAUGUUCAUAUUUUGAUACCAUUUAGGAUUAUUUUCUAUUAGAUGGGCUGAAUCUGUGAUUUUGGUCAUGUGCUUUAACCCUUGUCUUGCAUUAUGUAUUUGUAAGUAUCUACUUGUACAUCAAUAUUUACCAUAAAUGUAAUUAAUGUCUUUAUACAAUGAGUAUUGUUAGAAAGG